UCAUGGAUUUUUCCAUCUAUAAUAAAACCAAUAAUAAUUUCAGGUGUUGGCAAAUCAUGUUUAUUAUUACAGUUUACCGAUAAGCGUUUCCAGCCAGUUCACGAUCUUACAAUUGGUGUUGAAUUCGGUGCGCGAAUGAUCACAAUCGAUAGUAAACAGAUUAAGUUGCAAAUUUGGGAUACAGCUGGCCAAGAAUCAUUCCGUUCUAUCACACGGUCAUAUUAUCGUGGCGCAGCUGGUGCCCUUCUUGUCUAUGAUAUUACCAGAAGAGAUACUUUCAAUCAUUUAACAUCGUGGUUGGAGGACGCACGCCAGCAUUCAAACUCAAAUAUGGUCAUUAUGCUUAUUGGAAAUAAAAGUGAUUUGGAAGCGCGUCGUGAGGUGAAGAAAGAAGAGGGUGAAGCGUUCGCCCGUGAACAUGGACUCAUCUUCAUGGAAACAUCUGCGAAAACAGCAGCCAAUGUUGAAGAAGCAUUCAUCGAUACGGCGAAGGAAAUUUAUCGGAAAAUUCAAGAAGGUGUCUUUGAUAUCAAUAAUGAGGCAAAUGGUAUAAAAUUGGGACCGCAGCACUCACCAAGUUCACCCAAUUCACCGGGCGGAAAUCCUCCGUUGACCGGUUCAAGCAAUUGCUGCUAA